UGGAGCGGAAAAACUGAAAAGGGCAAAGAAGAAAAGACUAGGCAAUGGCCUACGUUGUGUCUUGGAAGCUUAGCCAUUCCUUCGGUUUUUUAUGUGUCUUCGUUAAAAUCGCCCUCAAAUCCUCAAAUCCGUUUCAGGUCCGAGUCCCCGUCACCUUCUCCACUCUCUCUUCCCUCCCUCCCUCUUCUUCCCAUUACACCCGACCACAUUUUCCUCCAUUACCUUCUCUCUCUCUCUCUCUCUCUCAUGCAAAACAGCUAAUGAAGUGGUUGAAACACAAACCUCUAACUGUAAUCAUUUGCCCAGGUACUCUCGUUCUCUCUAGUUUCUCUUUCUUCUAUUCUCUUCCCUUUCGUUGUCAAUGUCUUCAAAUUUGAAUGUGCCAAGGGAUACGCUUAUGUUCUGUGACCGUGACGCGUGAUGCUUGAACCCAUUCAUUUCAUUAUUUUCAGAACCCGGUGCUUCGUUUAGGUCAUCUCUCCUUUAUUCUGUUGGACUUUGAGAUAUUCCUGCUAAUGACUAACCAGGGUGAGAGAAGCUUUAUGAAUUCAGAAGCUCAUCGCCUAAAGAACAGAAUGAGACAACAGAGGAAUGAUAUGAGCGCCUUAAACCUAGAGGCUGCUGGAGCCAGGGAUGGGACUGGAUCUGUUGAGUUUGGAGAUGGACAUACUGAAAAUUUGCGGGAAGGAUGCAGUCAAAGUUCUGUGGAGGCUGAAUCUUUUCAGGCUAAAACCAUCAUGGGCCAACAACCACAACAGCAGCACAGUGACUUUCGACUCUUUGGGAAUGAUGCUGAGGAUGAUGCAGAUAUUGCUACUGGAGACCAUCAGACUUAUUACUCUCAGGAGACUGUACAGCCAUUAUCCAAGAUGCAAAAUGAGUAUGGUGUGAACAGUCUCAUUAUGCAAGGGGGUUAUGUGAUGAACCCUCUUGAUCAAAGACAACAUUUAAUAGGCCUUAAUGACAUUAUGGCCCGUCGCCUUAAGAAUCGAGAACGUCAGCGUAGAUACAGGGCUCGGAAGCGUCUUGAAGCUGAUAUGAGUAGCAAUUACCUUCUAAGCCAAGCAUCUCCAUUGCAAUUAGAACCACAAUUGAAAGGGGGCAUGAAUAAGUGCAUGGCCCGAAUUCAUAGCCCCCGAGAUUGGAAGCAAGAUGCAAGAAAAGGCCAGGCAUCAGAGGGACAGGAAAGCACAUCUAUUGGGCAUCUGCUGCUUGCUCCAAAUGUUGUAAAAGAAGUACAGGAACAGGCUUUUGUUUCAGAAGAGAGGGGAGAUGGUAAAUUUCAGUCUGAGCAGCUAGUAUGUUCUUCCCUUUCUGAAGUUAAUGGGGUAAGACAUGGUCGGAGAGAUUGGAAAGCAGCUGCAAGAAAUAAGGUGGACUGAAGGAAUUCUGGUCAGGAGGUCUGUUCUGUUGGUCAUGCCCCUCAUUUCUUGGCAAUGAUUUGUUGGCUGGCAGCAUGUAUAUAUUACUGAUUAGGGUUAAAUUUUCUGGCUACAUGCCUAUUAGCAUUGAAGAUCUUCAAAAUAAGUUAUUACUCGCCAAGAACCAUUCUAUGGAGGAUGUGAUAUUGUGUAGAACAGAAACAAACACUAAUCAACUAUUUGGUCACCCCAGGCUGCAGAAGUGGGAUAGUAAAUCAGCAUUUCUUUGUAUUAGGAGAAUAAUCUGCCUUGAAUUUUCUGAGAUACAGAAAUUGAAGGCAAUUCUUGUUAAGAAUGACCAGAAAAGGGCGAAUUAGUACAAUUUAUACAUAACCUAUUUUGCAGAGAACAGGGCAUCACUAUUAAAUUUGAAUGUGUAUACCCAAACUGUAAGAUGUAAUAUUGUUUGCAUGACCAUACAAGCGGAGAGACUUCAGUGAGAA